AAAAAAGACAAGAUCGUUGAAAAGACGGUAAGUUUAAGUUGGCUUCUCCAAUUUACUCCAACCCCAAACCCCUCUCUCCCUCCCUUCCUCCCCGACCUGUUUAGGGUUCCCUCGAAUAUUCCAUCUUUCCCUUUUCUUUCUUCUUUUUUGUUUUUUCAAAUUGUCUCUCCCAAUUUCGGUACAUUCUCUCGUCGACGAACAACCAAUUGUCUGCUUUGAUUCUGAUCUCUGGUAGUGAUUCAUCGAUCAUGACGAUUCCGGACUCGGGAUUCAUGAUGGAGAACGGGGCGAGUUGCUUGCCGUGCACGCCCGAAGAAGAAAAAAAGAUCGUUAAUGAUUUAAGAAACGAAUCCGAGCGUAAUUUGAAAGAAGGCAAUUUGUAUUUCGUUAUUUCCAGCAGGUGGUUUCGAAGGUGGGAGAGAUAUGUUGGGAUGGACGCUGAUGAAAAUGUGAUUGGGAACCAAUCUUCUGAUUCUCGGCAUUUGAAUGGGGCUUCUUCCGUGGUGGCAGAAAGGCCCGGUCCUAUCGAUAACUCUGAUAUUGUUCAAAAUGGAAGUGAUUGUGACUGCAAGGAAAAUGAGAUACAGCUGCGGAGAAUGCUGAUGGAAGGGCAGGAUUAUGUUUUGGUACCACAAGGAGUUUGGGAAAAGCUUCAUGAAUGGUAUAAAGGAGGGCCAGCAUUGCCAAGAAAGAUGAUUUUGCAGGGUGUUUAUCACAGAAAGUUUGAUGUAGAGGUUUACCCACUUCGUCUUAAGUUGAUAGAUUCCAGGGAUGAAAGUCAGUCAAUUAUAUGGAUAAGCAGAAAGGCUUCUGUAGCUGUGCUUUUCCAAAAGGUAUGUGCACUUAGAGGAAUAGAGCAGGACAAGGCUCGCAUUUGGGAUUAUUUCAACAAGCAAAAGCAUGGACAGUUGUUUGUUUCAAACAAAAGUGUGGAGGAAUCAAACUUGCAAAUGGAUCAAGAUAUUCUUCUGGAGCAAGUUGAUGGACAUCAUUCUUCGAGAUUUGGCAUGGAUUCUACAGGAAAUGAACUAGCUUUGGUUUCCUUGGAACCUUCAAGAUCAUCCUUGACAAUUGCUGGGGGGCCAACCAUGUCCAAUGGUCACUCCUCAGGUUACAGAUCGAAUUUGUAUCCAGGAAGUUCCUUAAGCUCCGGGUUAAAUGAUAUAGAUGAUGGUUUCGAUGCCUAUAACUCUGUUAGAAAAGGAGAGAAGGGAGGUUUGGCUGGAUUACAGAACCUAGGAAAUACUUGUUUUAUGAAUAGUGCUCUUCAAUGUUUAGUGCACACGCCUCCUCUUGUUGAGUAUUUCUUGAAAGAUUACAGUGAUGAGAUCAACACAGAAAACCCUUUGGGAAUGCAUGGGGAGCUUGCACUUGCAUUUGGUGAGUUGUUACGAAAAUUAUGGUCCUCAGGUAGAAUUGCAAUUGCUCCACGUGCAUUUAAGGGAAAACUUGCUCGGUUUGCACCCCAGUUUAGUGGUUAUAACCAGCAUGAUUCUCAAGAACUUUUGGCUUUCUUACUGGAUGGGCUGCAUGAAGACUUGAAUAGGGUUAAACAAAAACCUUAUAUUGAAAUGAAGGAUUCUGAUGGUCAUCCUGAUGAGGAAGUUGCAGCUGAAUGUUGGAGAAAUCACAAGGCCCGGAAUGACUCAGUGAUUGUGGAUGUUUGCCAAGGUCAAUAUAAGUCAACACUGGUUUGCCCAGUUUGCAGCAAAAUUUCAAUUACUUUUGACCCGUUCAUGUAUCUAUCAUUGCCACUACCUUCGACGAUCACUAGGGCAAUGACAGUGACAGUGUUUUCUGGUGAUGGAAAUGGUCUUCCACUGCCAUAUAUGGUCUCUGUGCUGAAAAAUGGAUUCUGCAAAGAUCUCCUUUUGGCAUUAGGUACUGCAUGUUGCUUGAAGAGUGAUGAGAACCUUCUGCUUGCAGAGGUCUAUGAAAACAAGAUUUAUCGAUAUUUGGAUACACCUUUGGAGCCAUUGAUUUCAAUAAAGGAUGAUGAACAUAUUGUGGCCUUCCGAAUUCAAAAAAAAGGGAUGGGGAAAACUAAGCUAGUAAUUUUUCAUCGAUGGCAGGAAAAAUCCACGUCAGAUUAUCUUAAGAGUGGCGCAGAGCUUUUUGGAACUCCACUGGUUACUUAUUUGGGGGAAGACCAACCAAGUGGAGCUGAUAUUGAAACUGCUGUUUCUAAAGUACUGUCACCUUUCAAAAGAAUGUAUUCUUCAGCUAAGGCUCAUAUUGGCAAGGAAAAUGGCUUUCUCUCAGAUGGUCUUGAUGAACAAUGCAGCAGUUCUGAUGUUCAGCCAGUUGAAAACGGAGAACGUGAGGGUACAUCAAGCAUGGACUUAUCGCUCCUGCUCCUCUUGACUGAUGACAGGGUUAUGAACUUCAAGGCUUUUAAGAAGGAUACACUCUUUGAAUCUGGGCAAAUCAUAAGGGUUGUGCUAGAUUGGACUGAAAAAGAACAGGAGUUAUAUGAUGCUAGCUACUUGAAGGACAUCCCAGAGGUUCAUAAAGCAGGGUUUACAGCAAAAAAGACCCGUCAGGAAGCCAUCUCUCUAUCUUCAUGUUUGGAUGCUUUCCUGAUGGAAGAACCUCUAGGGCCUGAUGACAUGUGGUAUUGUCCUCGUUGCAAGGAACAUAGGCAAGCUAUAAAGAAGCUAGACUUGUGGAUGUUACCAGAGAUUAUUGUUUUUCACUUAAAACGCUUCACUUAUGGCAGAUACCUAAAGAACAAGAUUGACACUUUUGUGAAUUUCCCAAUUCACAAUCUUGAUUUGAGCAAAUAUGUCAUGAACAAAGAUGGACAGACUUAUGUAUAUGAGCUAUAUGCCAUCAGCAACCAUUAUGGUGGUCUAGGUGGCGGCCAUUACACGGCAUAUGCUAAGUUGAUUGAUGAGAAUAGAUGGUAUCAUUUUGAUGAUAGCCAUGUUUCUCCAGUCAACGAAUCGGACAUCAAGACCUCAGCUGCUUAUCUGUUGUUCUACAAGAGAGUUAGAAGUGAACCCAAGGUGGAGGCAGGAGAGGCAUCACACAGUCAUUCCAUCUCUUGAGGCCCUGAUCGAGUGCAUUUUACGAUACUAUUGCUUCUGGAGCUGCCUCCAUUUGAGGUUAGUCUGGGCUCACCUCAUACUCGCUGUUGUACCAUGUGAUGAACUGAUGAUUUUACUUGGCCGAGAAAGCCGUUGGGAGCCCACAUGUUAUAGAAGAUAGGGGACCCUAGCACUGGCGUGGACAUAACCAACUCACAGCGACAGCGACAGGGUGACACAACUCAAAGGUGGGGCAAAUAUUAGUUCAAUUAUUUAUUAAAAUUUUUUGAAAGAAAUUUUGGUCAGAGUACUAGGUCUGCUUAUAGUUAUAGGUGCGUAAUUUGUAUUAUGAACAAUGCGGUAGUAACCAAUCUAUUAUCACCUCUUUACAGAAGUAUCUGUCACCUGACUCAGCGAUUAAAUUGGAAGAUGAUUUAAUCUCUACCAAGUCAUUUGACAUUAUUAAUGUUUGGCGAUGGAUGUAAAUGUUUUAAGAUACUAGAGCAAUGACAUUCUUAAUCCUCUCUUUGCUUUUCAUUACAUGAAAGGUGUUUUUCUGUAUGGGAA